AUGGCGUCGUCCGGAGGCAUCUGGGCACCUGUAGCCGUGAGGAUGCUAAAGAAUGUAGUUCAACGAACUACGAAACUCAUUAAAUUACGACUCAAAGAUGUUACCAACAAACCUGUCACAGCAGAACUUCAACCAAUUUUCGUAAGAAGCUCACCUCGUCACCCCAUUCAUCCAGCGGCCCUCCUCCGUCAGAACAAGGGACGAUGGUAUACAACCCAAAGUGCCGUCAAUUCCGCUGUACGUCGUUUUAUGAGCACCAGCGGACAAGCCACUAAAUAUGACCGUGCUUCAUUCCCAAAAUCAAACACUGCAACUGCUGUAUCACGUCUUACAGCACGAGCUCCAUUUGCCUCAACUCUCCGACCAAACUUAACUGGUGGAGCUCUCCCUAGAACAGCAGGAGGCUAUACAAUAGGCGGUGGAAGAGCAGGUGCUCGAUACUUUUCCCAUACACCUGCUGCCCCAGCUCAAGUCAUUAACAAUGUCUCACAAGCUGUGCGAGCAUUCUUCCUUUCUGGUCAAAAGGCUCAAUUCGAUGGUAUGACUCUCAUGGGCGAGAAACGCUAUCGAGCGGUUUCUUCGCUUCAAGAAGAAACAGCCCGCAAGAUCCAAUCUGUUUCCAAAGUUACACCAGGCUCAUAUAUCGAUUUCUCUGUUAACCCAACUGUCACUGCUCUAUCCCCUCUCGCCGCGGCCCUUCCCUUCGGGACUCAAAAGAUGUCACAAGCUGCUCCAUCCCUCAACACAUCUGGCUUCCUCGACAUUCUCUCCGUCGAUUUCUCCCGUGCUCUAAAAGAUCUCGCGGCAACAAUGAACGACCUUAAAAAACUGUCCUCUCUUGGCGAUCUUCCGAUAACCCUUGAAAACAAUCACACCCUGCGUGUCCGGUUUCCUGGCUGCGAUGCCGAAUCUGUAGAACGCCUCUGCGACGAAGUCGGCGUGCAACGAGGAAUCAUAUAUCAAGAUGCCGAUUUUGAUGACGCCAUUGGAACACAGAUGGCUCUUCUAUUUCCUUUCGCCCCUACCGAAGCAGAAUCGCCCUCGCACCCUCAAUCCCAUUGUCUACAAACUAGUUCCCCUUCACCCGACCAGGAUGAAUAUGAAGAUAUUCUGGAAGAAUUCUCUGAAAAUCCCUGGAUUGAAGAUUAUGGAACAAUGGAAGAAGAUAUCAGCGAAAGCGGUUCGGCAUAUUUUACAAAAAUCAGCGAACAUGAAUCUGUAUCGGAGGAGUAUGAGGGCCUAGAAGGAAUAUACAAGUUCCUUGAAGAAUGUGAUGCACGGAGGUCUUAA